AUGGGUCUCCCCACUGUUAAUGGCGCCAAGUCCUUUGGAAGAAAGACUGUAAAGAAGUUAACCACUAAAGAAGGUUGGAUUGGUGAUUAUGAUUAUGGGUACCUUUUCAUUCCUCAAAUUCCAUUUGUCAGUAAGGAGAUGAAAACACAACCAUUCUUUGCUUUAAAUAGUGAAAUGCCAAUUUUAUUAUGGCUUGUAUUAAGUUUCCAACAUGCCUUAGCUAUGUUGGCGGGUGUUGUUUCUCCUCCAAUUAUCAUUGCUGGUGCUGCUAAUUUACCACUUAAUAUUCAACAAUAUUUGGUGUCUACUUCAUUAAUUGUCUCUGGGAUCUUAACUUCCAUUCAAGUCACUAGAUUCCAUAUUUACGGAACUCCUUACUAUAUCGGUACAGGACUUUUAUCGGUUGUGGGCACUUCCUUUGCUACGAUCACAAUUGUUACUCUGGCAUUCCCAGAAUUCUAUACCUCUGGAUUCUGUCCAGUGGCAGCAGAUGGUACUAAGUUACCUUGUCCUGAUGGAUACGGAAGAAUCUUAGGUACUGGUGCUGUAUGUGCUUUACUUGAAAUUGCCCUUUCUUUCUCCCCUGCUAAAGUUUUACAGAAAGUUUUCCCUCCAAUUGUCACCGGUCCAGUGGUGUUCCUUAUUGGUGCUCAUUUGGUCGAAACUGGGUUCGAUGAUUGGUUGGGAGGUUCUGGUUGUAUAGGUGCUAUUUGUAACGCUCCAGCCAAACCAAUGGAAUGGGGAUCUGCUUCCUUUGUUGGAUUAGGGUUCCUUGUUUAUUUGACGAUUAUUCUUUCUGAACGGUUUGGUUCUCCAAUCAUGAAGUCCUGUGCUGUUGUCAUAGGACUUUUGGUCGGUUGUAUUGUCGGUGCUGCUUGUGGAUAUUUUUCUCCCAAUGGUAUCAAGAUUGCUCCAGCAGCUACAUUUAUUUGGAAACAUACUUUCAAGUUACAAGUUUAUGGUCCAAUAGUCUUACCCUACCUCGCGGUGUUUAUAGUGUUGAUGAUGGAAGCCAUUGGUGACAUUACUGCUACGUCAGAUGUGUCUCGUUUAGAGGUGGAAGGUGAAUUGUAUGACUCUCGUAUUCAAGGGGGGGUCCUUGCCGAUGGGUUGUCUGGUGUUUUAUCAUGUUUGAUGACCAUUACUCCCAUGUCUACAUUUGCUCAAAAUAACGGUGUGAUUUCUGUUACCAAAUGCGCAAACCGUUAUGUUGGUUAUGGAUGUGCUAUGUUUAUGAUCAUUAUGGGUAUCUUUGCUAAAUUUGCCGCUGCUAUUGUUUCUAUCCCCAAGGCCAUUCUUGGUGGGAUGACUUCAUUCUUGUUUUGUUCUGUUGCCGUUUCCGGUAUUAAGAUCAUGAGUAGUGGAGAAAUGUCCAGAAGAGAUCGUUUCCUUUUAACCGCAUCUAUUUUACCUGGGUUAGGGUCUAUCUUAGUGCCAAAUUGGUUCUCGAACGUUUUCACGUACACCGGAGAUAACAAGGGUAAGCAAGGGUUCUUUAGUGCCAUUAUCUUGGUUAUGGAAACCGGGUUCGCGUUGACUGGGUUUUUGGGAGUUAUUUUGAACUUAUUAUUGCCCCAAGUGAAAGAUGAAGUUGAAGAGAUCAAUGAAGUGGUUUUGGAAGUUGUGGGUUCUGCAGACCAACAUGCUCGUGAACUAUAUGCUGAAAAGGAACACACCGUUCUUAGAUCUGGUCUCUCUUCUUCUGACUCUGGUCAUAAACAUUAG